AUUGCCCAUGAUCAUUCAUCACCAUCUCCAUCAUAAAAAACUCUCCAUACGCUUUCCCAUAACACCGAUCAAACGAUGAAGGUGAUAGUAGAACACACGGAGACCAUCAAGCCGUCUUCUCCGACGCCUCCCGACCUCCGCCGCCACGACCUCUCCUUCCUUGACCAGAUCGCGCCCCCCAUCUUCAUGCCCCUACUCCUCUUUUUCCCCAAGGACGACCUCCUCACCAACCAGGAGAAACUCUCCAAGAUCAAGCGAUCCCUGUCCGAAACCCUAACUCGGUUCUACCCGCUCGCCGGGCGCUUGAGAGACAACCUCUACGUCGAGUGCAACGACGACGGCGUCCACUUUGCGGUGGCUCGAGCCACAUGCCGGCUCUCAGAGGUCCUCAAAAGUCCUGACCCUGAGAAGGUCGACCAGCUCUUGCCCUUCAAGCUCUACGACUUGAGGGAUCUCGCCACCGCCGUGCAAGUUAGCUUCUUCGAGUGCGGAGGGUUGUGCAUCGCGCUAUGCAUCUCCCACAAGCUCGCUGACGCGUUGUCGUUCUUCUCUUUCCUCAAUAGUUGGGCCACGGUCACUCGCGGCGACGGUGGCCAUAUGAUAUCUCCCGUUUUCAAGCCAUCCUCUCUUUUCCCGCCGAUAAAUCUAGCCGGGUUUGCACCGAGCUCGGGGCUUUUGAAGGAAGGCCUUGUCACGAAGCGGUUCGUCUUCGACGCCAAGUCAAUAGCCGCCCUUCGAGAUAAGUACAGCAAUGAUGAGACGGCGGAGGCCGAAGGCCAGAGGAGGCGGCCAACGAGAGUCGAGGCCUUGUCGGCCUUCUUGUGGAGGCGAUACAUGGAGAGCACGCAAAAGAAAGGGGACUGCGUCAGCGAGAAUGACAAGAUAUACACGGUGCUACAUGCAGUGAACUUGCGUCCGAGGAUGGAUCCGCCAUUGUCGGACCGCCAUUUCGGGAACAUAAGCAGAAUUGCCCUAACGAUGCCAACCAGGGAUACUGAUGAACAUAUGAUUGUGAACCAGGUGAGAGAAGCAAUACAGGAAGUGAACAUGGACUACGUGAAGAAGCUAAGAGAAGGAGAAGGGCACUUGAACUUCAUGAAGGAACGCUCGGCCCGGAUCUCGAAAGGCGAGGUCGUGCCCUUCAGCUUCACGAGCCUGUGCCGGUUCCCGACCUACGAGGCCGACUUCGGAUGGGGCAAGCCCGUGUGGGUCGGGUCCUCCCCGCUCCCAUACCGGAACCUCGUCGUCUUCUUGGACACCCGAGAUGGAGGCGGCAUAGAAGCAUAUGCUAACCUCAAGCCAGAGGACAUGGCCUUGUUCGAGAAGGACAAGGAGCUUCUUUCGCUCGUGUCGUCAUCAGCAUCUCCGAACGCGAAAUACGCGUAGCUCGCGAUGUUCACAGCGUGCGUGUUCAUCGGUGUGCUUUGUUUAUGCAACUGUUUAUGUCCUUAUUCCUAUGUUUACCUAUGUUUGGUUCUUUUGUGUACUGUAGUGUAUACAUUUAGUGUGCGUCUACUAUAACAGCUCAAAGCCUCAACGAGUGAUGAAUAAGUAUGAGAUUAACGUACAGUGAUAUAAUUUAAGAA